AUGAUGUCGGAAGGAAUAAUGAAAAAAUUACCUCAAGAUGUGAUGAUUUAUAUAUUUUUGAGAUUUUCAGUGAAAUCUCUUUUACGAUUUAAAUUAAUCUCAAAAACUUGGUACACUCUCAUUCAAUCCUCAACAUUUAUAAAUAUCCAUCUCAACGGUACUACAAUACCAAAGAAAGAAUUCAUCGUUUGUAGCCAUUCCAUUAAAAAAGAAACUGAAGGAUUUAAAAAUGUCUUAUCGAUUCUUUAUAGUGACGAUCACGAUAAUAUUAAUAUCAUUUUACCAGAUUUAGAUCUGCCAUAUUUGUCUUUUACUCCUUUCUAUCAUUUUAAUGAACUCGUUGGCACUUGCAAUGGCUUGAUUGUUCUCACGGAUAAUGAGGAUAUUGUCUUAUUUAAUCCAGCUACCAAAACAUACAUGCUACUCCCACCUAGCCCUUUUGUUUGUCAAAAGGGUUUUAAUCGCAACUUUAUAGGUGGUGUUGGGUUUGGUUUUGAUCCGAUUAUAAAUGACUACAAGUUUGUCAGGAUAUCAGAAGUUUUUUUAGAUUCUUAUUGGUGUCCCGAGGAGAAAGUGCAGAAAGUAGAAGUGUAUGACAUGUGCAUUGAUUCUUGGCGAGAUCUGAAUCAUAUCGAUCAACAAUUACCUAAUGUGCAUUCGUAUCCAUGUUUCGAGAAGCUUCAUCGUGGAACAUUUCAUUGGUAUGCCACAUCGGACUUAAUGGAUGUGAUCCUUUGCUUUGAUAUUAGAACUGAGAUUUUUCGCAACAUGAAGAUGCCUGAUUCUUCUAAUUAUUUUGAUGAAAUGUCUUAUAGCCUCACGGUCAUGACUGAGUUUCUAACAUUGAUAUGCUACCACGGCCCAGAUAGUGAGAUUAAUCCAAUUCGAGAUACGAUGGACAUCUGGAUAAUGAUAGAGUACGGUGUACAUGAGUCUUGGACUAAAAAACAUAUAAUUAAACCUCUUCCUAUUGAAUACCCAUUAACAAUUUUGAGGGAUUAUUUAUUGCUUCUUCAAAAAAAAAGUGGACUUUUGAUUUGGUACAAUCUUAAUUCUAAUGAAGUCAGGGAAUUAGAUUUUCUUGCUUAUCCUAGAAGUUUGAGUGUCAUAGGUUACCAGGAAAGCUUGAUUUCAAUUCCAAAGAGAGGACCCUAA